AUGGCACCUACUCUGAGAGCGUUCGCCUCGGGUCAACACAACGGUCAUGCGACAGGCUUGAUCCGAGAAGAGGCAGAAGCGGGACCAUCUCAGCCCAACCCUUUUCAAGGACUGGCCGCUCAAAGGACUGCGUGCUACACAUGCGGAUACGUCGAGGCAGUCAGGCACACGACAUUCGAAGAACUCAACUUGACCGUACCUACGUAUCGCGCCUGCAACUUGAGAGACUGUUUAG